AGAAAGAGACCCUUCUCCUAUCCAAGUUCCCUUUGUUUUCCUUUGUUUUAUUUACCUCAAUUAUGAGUUUUAAAGUGGCUUUAUAAAGGUAGGACUGGUGGUUGAGCCACUUCUCCUCCUCUCUUUUGGCUUUGUUUGCAUAUUUCCAGGUGAGCAAACCCAUUUUUUUCUUCCCUUCUCGCAAUUCUUUUGGCUGCACCAUUUGCUUCUGAAUUUACCAGUCUUUUUUUGGGCAUUCAGAUAUUAAUUUUCACUUUCAAAGAUUUAACCCGAUAAGAUCAUCCAAUUUGUUGGUAAAUGGGAUCUGAAGGGCCUCCCACGGUUACAGUCCAUGUGACUGGUUUUAAGAAGUUCCAUGGAGUUUCAGAAAAUCCAACUGAGACGACUGUUACUAAUCUAAAAGAGUAUAUGAAGAAAAAGGGUAUUCCCAAAGGGAUGAUAAUCGGAAGUUGCAACAUUCUUGAUACUGCAGGACAAGGAGCAGUCGGCCCAUUGUAUCAGAUGUUGCAGUCUUCUUUGGGCAAGAAUGAUUUGGAAUCAUCAAAUUCGGGAAGAGUUAUUUGGGUACACUUUGGAGUUAACAGCGGAGCAACAAGGUUUGCUAUUGAGACUCAAGCAGUCAACGAGGCUACUUUUCGUUGUCCAGAUGAGAUGGGAUGGAAACCUCAGAAAGUCGCUAUUGUCCCCGCAGAUGGUGGAAUCUCCCGAAAAAGAGAGACUAGUCUUCCUGUUCAGGAAAUUACAAAGACCUUAGCAAAGAUGGGUUAUGAUGUGAUGGCCUCUGACGAUGCUGGCCGUUUUGUUUGCAACUAUGUGUAUUACCAUUCGCUCCGAUUUGCAGAGCAAAAUGGAAUCGCAUCACUCUUUGUACAUGUUCCCCUCUUCUUAGCAAUAAAUGAGGAGACCCAAAUGCAAUUUGCCGCUUCGUUGUUGGAGGUACUUGCGUCUGUCAACUAGUAUUCUACUAUCGGCUUCUGCACUAUAAUGUCUGGAAUUGUAUCUACCUGUAUCAAUAUCAGCCAUGUUAGGGGGAUUGUGCAUGUGGUCAUUUGUGUGUUUGUGGAGUGGUUUUGGUAAUAAACAGCUAAUAAUAUGUUGAGGGGGCCUGCAUUUGUUGUGGCA